AAAGAAGGGGACAUUAUGCUGGGAGGUAUCUUCUCUUUUCACAGCAGCUGGAAGAACAAAGAAAAUACUUAUACACAAAAACCACUGCCACUGGAAUGCAUCAGCUUGAAUUUCAGAGAAUUCCAGUUUGCUCAAUCUAUGCUUUUUGCCAUCGAGGAGAUUAAUAACAACAACAAACUACUGCCGGGCAUGUCCCUUGGUUAUAACAUCUAUGACACUUGUGGUUCCAUUGCCAGAAGUGUGAAAGUUGCACUUGCCUUGACAAAUCAUAAUAACAAUGUGACUUCAACCUCUGAGACCCUAUGUACGAGAGCAGCACAAGUGCAGGCCAUAAUGGGAGAAACUUCCUCCUCUCCAAGCACAGCAAUUGCUACUGUCAUUGGACCAUUUAAUAUUCCACUGAUUAGCCACUUUGCCACAUGUGCUUGUCUAAGUGAUAAAGCCAAGUAUCCAUCUUUUCUCAGAACUGUACCCAGUGACUACUAUCAGAGCAGAGCUCUGGCUCAUUUGGUCAAACAUUUUGGUUGGACUUGGGUUGGAGCUGUUAGAACCAAUGAUGAUUAUGGCAAUAAUGGCAUGGCUACAUUCACUGAAACUGCAGAACAGUUGGGUAUUUGUCUGGAAUAUUCUGUGUCUUUCUUUAGAACAGAUCCGUUAGACAAAAUACAAAAGAUAAUUGAAAUUAUGAAGUCUUCAACCUCUAAAGUUAUAGUUGCUUUCCUUUCCCAUAUGGACAUGGAUGUGCUUAUACACGAGCUGUCGCUUCACAACUUGACUGGGUAUCAGUGGAUCGGCAGUGAGUCUUGGAUCUUUGAUUCUCAAAUUGCAGCAUUGGAUAAGAAUCACAUACUGGAUGGAGCAAUAGGCCUUUCCAUCCCCAAAGCACAAGUCAGUGGUCUCAGAGAAUUCAUGUUUAAUGUUAAGCCACUGAAUUCAUCCAAUAGUGAGCUAUUUACUGAGUUCUGGGAGGCUUUAUUUAGUUGUAAGUUCAAGGAGUCAAAAUCAGCUGAAUUUCUAAGCAAAUGUACUGGACAUGAGGACCUGACAGUAGUGGAAAACAGCUUCACUGACAUGUCACUCAUGCCUAUAUUUAACAAUGUCUAUAAAGGAGUGUAUGCUGUGGCUCAUUCUCUGCAUGAAAUCCUCAGUUGCAAUAAAACAUGUAACAACACUGUGCAGCUAGAUCCCUUCAAGAUUUUACAGCACCUAAGGAAAAUUAAUUUCCAAACAAAGGAAGGUGAUGAGGUGUAUUUUAAUGAGAAUGGAGAUCCAGCAGCUACAUAUGAAAUAAUAAACUGGCAACCAGGAGAAAACAACAUGGUGGACUUUGUAACUGUUGGUCUUUAUGAUGCAUCAUUACUUGCUGACAAAAAGCUCAAUUUGACAAACAAGGCUCUUAUUUGGGCACAGAACUCAAGCAAGGUCCCUGUGUCAGUUUGCAGUGAAACGUGUCCACCAGGAACACGCAAGGUGCUACAGAAAGGAAAACCUGUUUGCUGCCAUGACUGUGUAAAAUGUGCAGAUGGAGAAAUAAGCAACAGUACAGAUUCUGUCACCUGUGUAAGAUGCCCCCUUGAAACUUGGUCAAAUGAGGAAAGGGAUGACUGUAUACAGAAGGAGGCUAUGUUUAUUUCAUAUGGGGAAAUUAUGGGAGCAUUGCUCACUGCAGCCUCAUUAUUUGGAACAUGCUUGACUGCCCUUGUUGCAGUAAUUUUCUUCAGAUACAGAAAAACUCCUCUCGUAAGGGCAAACAAUUCUGAGCUUAGCUUCCUGCUGCUCUUAUCCUUGACUCUGUGCUUCCUCUGCUCUCUGACAUUCAUCGGCCAACCCUCUGAGUGGUCCUGCAUGCUGCGUCACACAGCAUUUGGCAUCACCUUUGUCCUCUGCCUCUCUUGUGUUCUGGGAAAAACAAUAGUAGUUUUAAUGGCAUUUAAAGCUACGCUCCCAGGAAGAAAUGUGAUGAAGUGGUUUGGGCCUACACAGCAGAGACUCAGCGUUCUUUCUUUCACUGUAAUACAAGUAAUCAUAUGCAUCCUCUGGUUAACAAUUUCACCUCCUUUCCCAUUUAGGAAUUUUAAAGAAAUUAAAGACAAAAUCAUCUUGGAGUGUUCUCUGGGCUCAGCUGUGGGGUUCUGGUCUGUGCUCGGGUACAUAGGACUUCUUGCUGUGUUGUGUUUUACUUUGGCUUUUUUGGCUCGGAAGCUACCUGAUAAGUUCAAUGAAGCUAAGUUCAUCACGUUCAGCAUGCUUAUAUUCUGUGCUGUGUGGAUCACUUUUAUCCCCGCAUAUGUCAGCUCGCCUGGGAAAUUAAGUGUUGCAGUGGAAAUCUUUGCUAUUCUGGCAUCUACUUUUGGACUGCUAAUUUGUAUAUUUAUCCCUAAAUGUUAUGUUAUGCUACUAAAACCAGAAAAAAACACAAAAAAGAAUAUGAUGGGGAAGGGGCAAUCAAAGUUAUUCUGA